GAAAAAUUGCAUCUGAAGCUGCUAUCACCGUCACUUUCCGCUUCAACGACGUCCUGGACAGAUUCCUCGUGCCAGCAGUAGCAGUAGCGAGACAACGCGAGCGAGGGGAACACCGUAUCAAUUCGUCGUUCGGAGCCUUCUUCCGCCCGAAUUUCUGUGUCUGUCGCUCUUCUUCCUCUCGCUCGAGUAAAACCAGUUCGCCGGAGCUCCUUUUCAAAAUAAAAAAGGUCCGCCGGAGCUAAUGGCGACGCCGGCGUACUCCCAGCCCGCCUCGCCGCCGGUGAUACCCGGAACAGUGGCAGUGGCUGCGUGCUUUGCCAUGGCCGUCUCCUAUGUCGCCGUUCUCUACGCCCCCACGGUCCUCCUCCGCCUCCCGCCGGCCACCUCGCUCCGCGCCUUCUUCCACCGCCGCUUCGUGUGCGCCGCCUUCUCCUCCACCGCCUCCGUCCUCGCCACUGCGUCCCUGCUCCGCUUAUGGAGCCCCAGCAACACUUCUAAGGCCCUCGCGGUGUUUGGCAUCCGUCAUGAUCACUUGCUUGAGGCAGUAGUGAUUCCACUUCUCCUUACAUCCCUAGUGUAUGCUGGAUCCUUCGUCGCAAGACUCUCGGUUAUGUCAAGCUGGUGUGGCAGGGAUGAUGGUGAGGAGGGCAUCAGCUGCACAGAGAAGCUUGCUCGCUGGAUGCAAACCUCCUUGCAAGAUGUAAUGGUGUGGCGGAACUACAUAGUGGCACCAUUUACAGAGGAGCUGGUUUUCAGGGCGUGCAUGAUACCUCUUCUUCUGUGUGGAGGAUUCAAAAUGUCUUACAUUAUAUUUCUGAGUCCAGUCUUCUUCAGCUUAGCACACUUAAACCAUUUGUUUGAACUACACCAACAAGGAUGCAAUUUUGUGAGAUCUUUACUGAUUGUAGGUAUCCAGUUAGGCUACACCGUAAUUUUUGGGUGGUAUGCAGCUUUUUUGUUCAUCCGGACAGGUAAUCUUGUGUCUCCUAUUGUUGCUCAUAUAUUUUGUAACAUGAUGGGUUUGCCUGUUUUCUCAUCGACGCAAACAAGAGGAAUGGCUUCGCUGGCAUUUCUGGUGGGUUCAAUAUCCUUCUUUUGUGUCCUUUUCCCUGCUACGAGUCCAAGACUAUACAACACACGAUUAGAUGGAUGCAGUUGCUGGCAUGGUUACUGCAGAUGGAGCGGAAUCGGUACAGAACAGCAUGUAGGCAAUAUUACAUACUUCGUUCCUGUGGCUGAGAUGAAGUAACUAGAAAGAAAUGAAUUACCAAUGGGGCAAUGGAUUGUAUAUUUGAAUGACCGUUAGGUAGGCACAAACUUCUAAAAGAUCUUUUCCUCGUUUCUUUCACUAUUGUAACAUAUCGGAAGCAGGUAGUUUGCCGUUCCCUUGAUAGCAUCCAACUUUUGUUUCGCUGGAAGGACUUAUCGGAAGUUGCAAUCCUAUGGCAUUUCAAAGUUCAAAGUAUA